AUGUCGGGCAGGUCCGUCCGAGCCGAGACCAGGAGUCGGGCCAAAGAUGAUAUCAAGAGGGUCAUGGCGGCUAUCGAGAAAGUGCGCAAAUGGGAGAAGAAGUGGGUGACGGUGGGUGACACGUCCCUGCGAAUCUACAAGUGGGUCCCCGUGACGGAGCCGAAGGUUGACGAUAAAAACAAGAGCAAGAAGAAGGGCAAAGACGAGAAGUGCGGCUCGGAGGUGACCACGCCGGAGAACAGCUCCUCCCCCGGGAUGAUGGACAUGCACGAUGACAACAGCAACCAGAGCUCCAUCGCAGACGCCUCCCCCAUCAAGCAGGAGAACAGCAGCAACUCCAGCCCCGCGCCCGAGCCCGCCCCCUCCGUGCCCUGCGAGGGCACCAGCGCCAAGGCCGAGGAGGCCCCGGCCGAGGGCAAGGAGCCCCCCGGGGCCGAAGAGGCUUCCGACGAGCAGAAUUCGCAGUCUUCCGUGGAGAACUCGGCGAGCAGUGCGGAGAAGGCCGAGCGGCAGCCGUCCGGGGACGCGGGCCUGGCUGCAGAGACGCCCUCCAUCGCUCAGGAUUUGGAAGGAGGGCCGCCCUCUAAAAAGAUGAAACUGGAGACUUCCCAGCAAAACUCCGAAGAGAUGUAG